AUGUGGUCGUCGUGGGUCACGUUGGUUGAACGCUACUCCAGAAGCAGGGGGCGGGGGGUAGCGGCUGUCCGCUCGAGUGACCCCUGUUUGAUGGCUGUUCAAGCCGGCAAGCAUGAUAGGGGCCAAUCGAUGGAUGAAAACUCCCAGACCAGAUCCAGCGAAGAAGGUUCCUUUCGACCAUCAGAAGAGCUUCCUAAUUUCUGCGGCGGCGCCAUCAUCAGCGCCCACUGGGAUCGCGACUUGCUCCCCCCCGGAUGUCCAGUGAUGCGCUCUGGCACAUGGCGAUCCCUUCCAAGCCGUUUCCACGAAGACUUUGAACAAGUUUACCCUUUAGGUACAGGCAGCUUUGGAAAGGUGGUGCAAGCCUUGCAUCGCUUGGAUCGUCACUCUUAUGCCGUCAAAAUCCUCGAUCUACUCGGCUGCCCCGAGGCCGAGGACUUUGACGAUGACAUCUCCUUUGCCGACGAGAGCGCGCCCAGCGCGCCAGUUAAGCGCCAUGUCAUGCGCGAGGUAGCCCUUCUCUCCAGCCUCAACCACGGCAACAUUGUCAGGUACUACCAAGCCUGGGUGGAGGACGUGGAAAUCAAACAUAGCUCUCGACAAGAGCGUCGCGUUUCGAUCCGCACCAUCGACGAUGAUGUCCUCAGCUCCUGGAUGGAGCCGUCUGGGGCCAAGCCCCUGAUGGAGCAGUGCCAAGCUUGCGGCACCGAUUAUCAAGCAUGGAACGUGCUCGUCGGUGACGUGCCUCUGGCGCUUGCUCACGGCCACACCUGGUGCCAGGCCUGCUUCCUGGUCAGUGCUACCCGCGUCCGUCCCCGUUACCCCGUUUCGCGCGCCCUUUUCAAGCCCUCCUCUCAUGAAGCCGUGCACGUGCAGCGCGAGGCUGGCCUGGUCGAGGGCACGGACAACGAGCUCCUGGAUAACCUUGUUUUUGAAGUGCGCUUUGAAGAAGAUAGCGAGGCCAACCGUUCGAACAAUAGCCAUGACCAGCGGCUCGCCCUGGCUCAAAAUAUCAUCUACUCGUCGCGCAUCUGCAUUCAGAUGGAGCUUUGCAAUUCCACCUUGCAGCAUGUCCUGCACGCCAAUAUUGCCUUGCCAGAUGAGGUCACCUGGUGCUACCUCCGCCAGACCCUAACCGGUUUGGCCUACUGCCAUGGCCGCAACAUUAUCCACCGUGGGUCGCGUGUGCGCGAGCUGCGUGACCUGGCCCACCUCUCCCCCGCUGAGCUCUGCAACCUCCAGAUCAAGAUUGGUGACUUUGGUCUGGCCAAAACGACGGAAGUCAGCGGUGGCCUGCGUUCUCGCAAUUCAUCGCGACUCCACUCUUUGCCGUCCACGUCCUGCACCACCAACAUGUCCAACCUCUCCCUUGCUAGUCUUGAUGAGAGCGAGCUCGAUGAUUCAUGGACCACAGAUAUUGGCACGCUGCUGUACAUGCCCCCUGACGCUUCAGAAGAAUGGUCGGCGGCCUCGGACAUUUUUGCGCUGGGCAUUACGUUCUUCGAGCUGUUGGUCCGCUUCAAUACAGCCAUGGAACGCGUCUCCGUGCUUUCCAACCUUCGCAAGCUGCCCCUCGAGCUUCCGAAGGAAUUUACCAACCAACGCUUUGAGCACGGCGUCGUCCUGCGUCGCAUGCUCAACCAUGUCGCACGCCUUCGCCCUGCUGCCCAGGAGCUGUUGAAUGAGGGAGUGGGCUUGAAGCACGAUAUGGGCAUGCGCCGUGCUGAGAGCAGUCCGCGCUUGAGCAGUCUGGAUGAGACAGUCGUACCAUCGGCCGGACCCCCCAUGAAUUCCCGACUGGCCAAUUCCUGGCCCGCUGCAACAUGGCACCACUCUGGGCCGUCCAUGGGCAUUGCGGCCUUUGACUUGGGCGGAGACGAUGACAGUGAUGAGAGCACGCUCAUGGACGCCACCGCCACGACGCCCAGCAGCACCAACGUCAAUGAGACGCGGUCUGCAAGCUGUCACAGCGAGGACUCGACUCCCCUCAAGUGUCCCGGUCGGCGCCAGACUUGCAACCAAAACGAGUUUGAGGAUCAGGACAGAGAUGUGGACGCCUCGGCUGCCUUCGGUUCGGACUCGGAGUCGGAUAAUCAAACGCUGUGCGACAGCAGUUCACCCCGUCCCAUCGGUCUCAAUGUGGUCCACGGCCUGUCCACCCUCACAUUGCCGACCACUCGCAUGUCCCCAUCCACCGACAGUGCCAUUCAGUCACCCACGCUAGACCUCGAGACGACGGGCGUCAAUCCCUUUCACGUUGGCAAGCUGACAAUGCAACAUUCGGGCCCAGUUUGGGCUGGCGCAGAUCUCCCCAAGGCAUCAACACGCUCUCCGCGCCGCCGUUCAUCGCUGUGCGAUGCCUGUGAGCCACCCACCAGUAGCAGCAAGGACGGGUGCAAGGAUGGUGUCAAGGAUGGUGUCAAGGAUGGUGUCAAGUUGACGGAAGUCCUUGAGCGCCAGCAACGUACGAUUUUCCACAUGCAGGAGCAGUUUGCUGCGCAACAACGCGAGCUGUUUGCCCUCCGGGCCCUCCUGGGCAGGCGCGGUGGUGCUGGAGGACCCGUCCAAAAAGGCAUGCGUGUUGCAUCUGCCAGCUAG